AUGGCUACCACAAUUCGCUGGGGAAUUAUUUCUACUGGAAAGAUUGCGGAAUGUUUCGCAAAGGAUAUGGUGGUCGAUCCUAAAACGUUCGUUCUCCUCGAUUCUGGAAGUGGACUGAGGACUGAUCAGUGCGAUACUUUCAGCCGCGAUGUUCACGAUGUUGUUCACAAAGUCGCAGCCGUUGGCUCGCGUAGCCUUGAAAGUGCACAAUCGUUCAUCGAAAGAGCCUUAGAAGGCGACAAGGAUGUGAAGGGGUACGGUACUUACGCCGAAGUAUACGCUGAUAGUAACGUCGACGCGAUUUACAUCGGUACCCCCCACACCUACCACUACGAGAACGCACUCUGUGGAAUCAAAGCCAAGAAACACAUCUUGUGCGAAAAACCCGUAACAUCCAAUGCCGCCGAACUACGUUCUCUCAUCGCUGCAGCGAAAGAAAAUAACGUGUUUUUCAUGGAAGCUUUGUGGACUCGUUUCCAGCCGUUAGCGUUGGAGCUUAAGAAGAUAUCCGAGAGCGGUGUUCUUGGUAACCCAAUUGUGGUGAAUGCUGAUCUGUCGGGCGAUUUUGAUAUUCGGAAUAUCCCAACCACCCAUCGUAUACUUGAUCCCAAGCUGGGUGGAGGGGCGAUUCUUGAUCUUGGGCCUUACCCCCUCAUUUGGGCGAUCAUAACCCUCUUUGAGCAUCCCUCCAAUAACUCAACUAAGCCUUCCGUCACGGGUAGCAUCCUCAAAACUCCCAUAACCGGCGUAGAUGCCAACACUAGUUUUACGCUCAACUUUUCUCAAGCUAAUCUCUCAGCUCAGGCAGUUCUCAGCUGUAGUAUAAACGCCAACCCUAUCGGCGCUGGCGGAAAUGGCGUCACGAUCCGGUAUGAAAAGGGAAUUAUCCGAGUGGGGGAACCUAUUUUUUGUCCGAAGAGCUUUGAGGUCACGUAUCUGGAGAAGGAUCAGCAGGGAAGGAACCGAGUGGUCAAGGAAGAGAAAAUAUUUUUUGAGUAUAGAGGAGGUGGAUGGUACUUCCAAGCUGAUGAAGUAGCUCGAUGUGUCAGAGAUGGAAAAAUUGAGAGCAAUGUUUGGACUCACGCGAAAAGUUUGCUUCAGAUGGAAAUAUUUGAUGAGGUUCGACGGCAGGGAGGAUACGUGCUUCCUCCCGGUGUAGAGAAGGUCGUGUAG